AUGACUCCCCAGAAAGUAUCGUACGGGCUUCACAACCUCCCCUUGAGCUCCAGCGGCCCUCUUGACUGCGCUCUCACCGGCGAAGCUCUCCUCAACACCCCGUACUUCAACAAGGGAUCCGCCUUUCCCGCCGAUGAGCGCCAGCAGUUCAACUUGACCGGCCUACUCCCCCAGAAUGUCCAGACGUUGGAGGUCCAGACCAGACGUGCCUAUGAGCAGUACUGCUCCCGAAGCAACAAGCUGGCCAAGAAUACCUUUCUAGCCUCCCUCAAGGAGCAGAACGAGGUCUUGUAUUACAAGCUGCUUCAGGACAACAUCAAGGAAAUGUUCAGCGUCAUCUACACUCCCACCGAGGGCGAUGCCAUCCAAAACUUCUCGCGCCUCUUCCGCCGACCCGAAGGCUGCUUCCUCAACAUCAACGACCAGGAUCGAGUCCUCCACGACCUCUCGCAGUGGGGCAACGCAGACGACAUUGACUACAUUGUCGUUACAGAUGGCGAAGAGAUCCUGGGCAUCGGGGACCAGGGCGUCGGCGGCAUCCUCAUAUCCAUCGCCAAGCUCGCCCUGGCCACCCUGUGCGCCGGCGUCCACCCCAAUAGAUGCCUACCCGUCGUCCUCGACUGCGGCACCGACAACCCCGACCUGCUGGGCGAUGACCUCUAUCUUGGACUGAGGGAGAACCGCGUCCGGGGGAAGAGAUAUGACGACUUUGUCGACACCUUUGUCUCGGCAGCCCGCACACUGUACCCCAAGGCCUAUCUGCACUUUGAGGACUUUGGCCUCCGAAACGCAAGGCGACUGCUGGACCUAUAUCGCCCACGCAUGCCGUGCUUCAACGACGAUGUCCAGGGCACCGGCUGCGUCACCCUGGCCGCCAUCAUGGCGGGCCUGGAUGUCAGCGGACAGAAGCUCAGUGACGUCCGCAUGGUCGUGUUUGGGGCUGGCAGCGCCGGCGUUGGCAUCGCGGACCAAGUCCGGGAUGCCAUUGCCACCCAAGGCCACGUGAGCCGGGAAGAAGCCACCAAGAAGAUAUGGCUCAUCGACAAACCAGGCCUCCUCACCACCGCCACGGCCGACACAUCCGGCGCACAACAGUCCUUUCUCAGGGACGCCUCCGAGUGGAACGGCCACGACACAGGCCUGCUCUCCGUCGUGCGGCGCGUCCGUCCCAACGUCUUGAUCGGCACGUCGACGGUGCCGGGGGCCUUUACGCGCGACGUGGUGCGCGCCAUGGCCGAGUCGUGCCCGCGACCCAUCAUCUUCCCCCUCUCCAACCCGACGCGCUUGCACGAGGCCACGCCCGCGGACCUGCUCGCCUGGACCGACGGUGCCGCCCUCGUCGCCACGGGAUCGCCCUUCGACCCCGUGACUGGGCCGUGGGGGCCCGACGGGGAAGAGGUGCGUGUCGAGGUCGCAGAGUGCAACAACUCGGUCGUCUUCCCCGGCGUCGGGCUCGGAUGCGUCCUCUCGCGCGCCCGCCUGCUGACGGACCGCAUGAUGGUUGCCGCCGUCGAGGGCGUCGCCGCCCACAGUCCUGCCCGCAGCCGUCCCCGCGCCCCGCUGCUGCCAGACGUCGACGCCAUCCGCAGCGUCAGCCUCGGCGUCGCCCGCCGCGUCGUCCAGGCCGCCGUCGACGAGGGCGUCGCCACACAGCAGGGGAUACCCGAGGGCGCCGAUGAGCUGGAGCGGUGGAUCGGGGCGCAGAUGUGGCAGCCUGCCUAUCGGCCCCUGAGGCUGGUCGACCGGGAGAGGGCCUCGCGCGAGGCUCGGGGCGAGUUGCGCAAGGCUGGCACGGUCAAGAGAAACAGCACCUUGUCUCCAGAGCAGAGCCGCUGCCUAUAG